ACGUAUUGACAGAACAUCAUUGGCAACGCGUCUGGUGUCAGGUGGGGUCGAAGGGAGAUAAAUCGGGAGGCUGCUACCGCGAUCAGGGAACGUGCCUGCCUGCCAGUCGCAGACGAACGAUCAUCCGCUCCGCACGCUUCUCCAAUCUUAGUUAGAGUACCCCUUUGCGAGAUGUGGGAUGACGUAGAGGAAGAAACACCCGAGCAGCCCCAGGCUCCGGCUGAGGAAGCCGCCGCGCCCGCUGAGGGUGGUGAGGCCGCUCCUCCCGCGGAAGGCGCGCCAGCUGAAGGAGAAGCCAAGCCAGAAGAAGCCGAGCCCCCACCACCAGAAAACGCGUCCAACGAGCCAAGGAGGCUCGUAUUCAAACACUGGAUCAGGCCAAAGUUCCUGCAGUACAACUAUCUGUACGACUACCGGAAGAGUUACUAUGACGACCAGAUCAGUUACUUGGAUAAGCGAAACAAGGGUUUGCCGGUAGAGAUUCCGCGCGCGCAGACCUGGGCCGAGCGUGCGCUGCGCACCUACCUCGCCAACACGCCCGCCACCUACACCGCGAAGACUAACAACAAGGACAAAGUCCUCCUCCGCCACAUCUCCAUAGGCGCCAGGUUCCAGCGCUACCACACAAAGUCUCGCAUCUCGAGGAUUACGUUGGCGUGAUGGUGCUCGCCGCUCGAACAUUUCACCAUAGAUCGGAAGCCGUCCGCAUUCCUAUUUUAAUGUCUUAUUUGGGUAAGACAAUAAAUUCUAUUUAAGUUA